AUUUGAAGGGAAGUGAGUUGAACGGAGAAGGGAGGUGGAAAGCAAGGGAGUGCAAGAGCAGAGAGCAGGUGGGGUCAGCAUGGAUUUAAACUCAGCCUCAGGGAUAAUGGCACGUCAGAUGGGGUUAAUUACAUGAAGGGGGCUGGUCUUUUCUGCACCCUCGGCCACUGUCAAUCUAGCAGUCCUCCUUCCGCCGACGCGUUGAUCCAUUGGCUGAGCCCUGGGAGGCCUGAGCUCUAAGAGGCACACGGCUUGACAGGGGAGAUAUGCACCGUAGAUAACGAGGAGUCCGUGGAAGUAAAGGAGAACAGGACGAAGUGAUGGAGAACAUCUCGGCCUUUGGGCCUGGGCUAUGCUCGGAUGGCCGAAUUCUCGCCUGGACUGACAACCUGGAUCUGAAGCAAUAGGGAUUUUAGCAUGAUUUGGACAUUUGGAGUCCUGUUAACACUUGACCUUGGGACACUUCUUUGCUGUGUUCAGCGAAGUCAUUUAACAGCUUCAACUGAGUGCUGUUACAAAUGUGGAACUGACUGCAGCAUUGACGCUUACUGUGAGAAAUUGAAUUGAAGUUUUAGCCUGAAGGAAAGCAAGCUGCGUGGGACGGAUCGGACUGUUUCCCAACCUCCCUCGAUCUUCUACCCUUGAGUUUCCUUAGCACUCCCCUACCCCUCCCUCCCUUCCUCCCGCACGCCAAGGGAGCUCCCACCGGCCCAAUGAUGAAGGAGGAGGGCCUGCUGAGUCGUCGCCGUUUCUCCACGUGCGGCGGUACAGCGUCGCUUCGACCACCACACCCGGACGGACGCAAACUCAUCCGCAACGCCUCCUUCGGGGGCUAUAACGAGCUGUCACCCAUCUCGCUGCCAGGUUUCGAGAGAGGGAAGGAGGACCUCUUGUCUCUGCCUUUGAAAGAGGACUCACAUUCCAUAUCUAAGAGCAAGUCUGAAACAAAGCUGUACAAUGGCUCAGACAAGGAUGUGUCGACAUCCGGAGGAAAGCUCACCAAGAAAGAGUCCCUCAAGGUGCAGAAGAAAAACUACAGGGAAGAAAAGAAGAGGGCAACCAAGGAGCUGCUCAGCACCAUCACUGAUCCCUCUGUCAUCGUCAUGGCCGACUGGCUAAAGAUCCGUGGCACUCUGAAGAGCUGGACCAAGCUGUGGUGUGUGCUGAAACCAGGCGUCCUGCUCAUCUAUAAAACCCACAAAAAUGGCCAGUGGGUGGGAACGGUGCUGCUCAACGCCUGCGAGCUCAUCGAGAGGCCCUCUAAGAAGGACGGCUUCUGCUUCAAGCUCUUCCACCCGCUGGAGCAGUCCAUCUGGGCCGUCAAGGGUCCUAAAGGAGAAGCCGUUGGCUCCAUCACUCAGCCAUUACCCAGCAGCCACCUCAUCUGCCGUGCUGCCUCUGAGUCUGAUGGUCGAUGUUGGAUGGAUGCCUUGGAGCUGGCCCUGAAGUGCUCCAGCCUGCUGAAGAGGACCAUGAUCCGCGAGGGGAAAGAGGACAUGAGCACAGUAGCCACUGGCGGAGAACACUCCAUCAAUUUCUACAGCCUCCUCAGAGCCCACAACAUCCAUGGUUUCCAGUUCAAUGACAGUGACCAUUUGAAAGACCCAGAUCUGUACUCGGACAAGUCAGACCGGGAGGGUGAACAGGACCACGAGGAGUCGGACCCAGAAGGCCUGGAGAAGAGUGAGGAGAGCGACAGCGACACGUCAGAGCGUCAAGACGACUCAUACCUCGACAUGGACCCUAAUGAACACCUGCGGGAAACCCCAUACCUGGAGCAGUCCCAUGAGGAACUUGGAGAGGCUGGCGAGGCUGCCCAGACAGAGACGGUAUCAGAGGAGAAUAAAUCUCUGAUCUGGACUCUGCUGAAGCAGGUGCGACCUGGCAUGGAUCUGUCCAAGGUGGUGCUGCCCACCUUCAUCCUGGAGCCAAGGUCCUUUCUGGACAAACUCUCUGACUACUACUACCACGCAGAUUUCCUGUCAGAGGCUGCAAUCGAAGAGAACGCUUACAACCGGAUGAAGAAGGUGGUGAAGUGGUACAUCUCUGGAUUUUACAAAAAGCCAAAGGGGUUGAAGAAGCCUUAUAACCCCAUUAUUGGAGAGACGUACCGCUGCAUGUGGCUCCAUCAGAAGACCAACAGCAAGACCUUCUACAUCGCAGAGCAGGUAUCCCAUCAUCCUCCUGUGUCAGCCUUCUAUGUCAGCAACAGGAAGGACGGAUUCUGCCUCAGUGGCAGCAUCCUCGCCAAGUCCAAGUUCUAUGGAAACUCCCUGUCGGCCAUAUUAGACGGGGAGGCUCGGCUCACUUUUCUCAACCGAGGAGAGGACUAUGUGAUGAACAUGCCCUAUGCUCACUGUAAAGGCAUCCUGUACGGCACCAUGACCCUGGAGCUGGGUGGUCAGGUCACCAUUGCCUGUGAGAAAACGGGCUACAGUGCUCAGCUGGAGUUCAAACUGAAGCAACAGCCAUUCCUGGGCAGCAGUGACAAUGUCAAUCAGGUCUCUGGAAAGAUCAAGCUGGGAAAAGAGGUGUUAGCUACGCUAGAAGGACACUGGGACAGUGAGAUCUUCAUCAAUGACAAGAAGACAGGGACGGUGGACACUUUCUGGAACCCGACGCCAGAGCUGAGGCAGAGUCGGCUGACCCGCUACACCGUCCCUCCAGAGGAGCAGGGAGAGUCUGAAUCGGAAAGACUGUGGCAGCAUGUGACCCGGGCCAUCAACAACAAGGACCAGAUCGAGGCCACCAAUGAGAAGUUCAUCCUGGAGGAAGCCCAGCGGAAGUCUGCCCGCGAACGGAAAGCCAAAUGUGAGGAGUGGAUCUCGGCCCUGUUCGACCAGGACCCCGUCACCGGAGAGUGGCAUUACAGAUAUGCCGACACGAGGCCAUGGGAUCCGCUCAACGACUUGAUCCAGUUUGAGAAAGACGGCUGUAUCCAGACCAAGGUCCGACACCGCACCCCUAUGGUACGUUCUGGCAGUCUUAUUAGUCUGAGUAACCAGGGGCCGCGGAGGGACAAUUGCAAAUGCCAGGUGACGGUGCCAAAGAGGAAACACAAGAGUGACAAGCCCAAGAGCCCAGAGAGUGGCUGCUCUUCACCUGAACCUGACCGCCAAGACUCGUCUGGCAGCGAACGACACAAAAGCAAGCAUAACAGUCGGCUGAGGAAAAAGGGAACAGACCUCAGUGAACUUCAAAGUGCCAUUGAAUCUAUAAAGCAGACACAGGAGGACAUUAACAGGAGCAUCAGCGUGCUUCGAAGUCGUGCGGCAGGACGCGUGGAGGGUGGCUCUUUCCUCCAACAGCGCGACUACGUCAUCAUUGUUUUCCUCAUCCUCCUUCAGGUCCUGAUCAACUAUGUCUUCAAGUAGCAGCCAUACCCCACGGAGAGGGUGAUGCCCCUUACACACACACACACGCGCACGCACACACGCACAUUAGGCGUCACAGUGGAGGACUUAAGGACCUGAACUUUGACCUCUCAAAAUAAGUGACUCCAACUCUCUUCUCCUCUGUCUGUAUUAAAUUCAACUACAUAUGUCCAGAAAAGUGGAGACUUACACACAAAAAGAGAUUUUUUUUAAACUUGUUUCUAUUUAACCGGUCCAUUCCAAAACUCUGGGGAGAUCCACAGAUUUCAAAGCGAAGAGGAGCAGCGAUAAAGUGAAGUAGUUGGAGGUAAGAUUUUGGUGUGAUGAAGUCUCAACUGCCACUCUGCAGCUUAUUGAUUUGCCUUGAUGUGAAAGGCAAAGACAGCAGCCAUGUUUUAGCUGUUGUUGGUUUUAGUUUUUUUUCCCGAUGGAGUUAAACUACUCUGUGAUUCACAUUUCACCUCAAACGACUGAGGACCUUUUAACCUGGAGACGAGAGUACCACAGCACAGAUGGUAACAGAUUUAAAAAAAAAAAAAAAAAAAAAAAAAAAACCUUUAAUUUUAAUGUUUGUUUUUUUUAUCAUUUUGUUUCUUUGUGUGGUUUGUCCUUUGUGAUUAGGGGUCUGCUUGGACCAAAAAAGCGAUGAAAAGGGAGAGGAAAAACAAAGUGGUCCAAUCUAUGUGACUUUUAUUUUUUUAUUAUCAGAUACUUUGAUAACGGCUGGGGUUUCCACGCGUGGAAAUGGACGAGGAAGACGAAUAACACGAGUGAUAUGGUCGAAAGGAACAGAAGCUAUCAUUUGUGCUGUUUAAUAGAACGUCACCUUUUGCAUACAAAGUCAAUGUUGAAAGAAAAAUAUUUGACACAGCAUCAUCGUAUACUGUAGGUAGCAUGUACAGACAGAAGAGCGUGAUUAGGACAUUAGCCCUAUGUACAGUAUUUUGUCUUCAGGCACAAAUGCACUGGAAACAUCAGAUAUUUGUGUUAAUAUAGUUUGUUUUAUCAGUUCAACAUCAAAAUACUUUUACAUUUUUGCUCUGAGGAGGUCUGGAGCAUCAACAGAGUGUCAAAUAAGAUGAUUUGUAUGAUUUUUCAUGAGCUUCACUGACCACUGCCCUAGUUUCAGGCAAAGGGAGUCGAUAUGUUUUAAUCAAAGUCAGUAAAGCUAAGUGAGUUGGUCUAACAUCUGUCUUCUUAGACCUAAUGGCAAGUUAAAGGAAUAGAAUAAGAAAAGAGCCUGUUCGCUUUCUUGCUGAGAGUUUGAUGAGAAGAUCAGUAACACUCUCAUGUUAUGUACGUUGAAUACAACAAGCAGCCGGUUAGCUUAGUUUAACUUAGCAUAAAGACUGGAAACAGGAAAACAGCUAGCUUGGCUCUGUCAUAAGGUAACGAAAUCGGCCUACCAGCACCUCUAAUGCUCACUGACACGUUAUAUCUCGUCGGUGUAAUCUAUACAAAAACCAAAGUAUAAAGACAACACAUAUUGGUUUUACAGGAAGUUGCGUGCUGGGCUAUUUCGUGUCAACACCGACUUCAAGAAGGCUGAUAAAACAACUUGUCGUUUUUGCACUUUGGUUUUUGUAUGGCUUAAAUAAAUGAGAUACAAGGUGUUAAUUCAAGACUAAGGCUAAGUGGCUGCUAUCUUUAGCUUUAUAUUUACUGGACAGACAGAGUGGUAUCAAUCUCGCAUCUAACGUACGGCAAGAGAGUGAGUUGUGUGAGAGUGUAUUUCGCAAAAUAAGUUCUUAACUAUUCCUUUAAAACGAGUUGUUUAAAUGUAAGAGUUAAGUUGUGCAACGAUAUAGACAAACUCUAAAAGGUGUAAAGACCAGCUGAUGGAAAGAAUGGUCUCCAAAUAUAAAAACAGACUCCAGACCAAGCCAUGGAAGAGAAACCCCUUAAUGCUACCUUUAGAUGCUGACAAGUCAAAUUCAGAGCAUCGGUCAUCGUUUUCAGUGCUUUUGCACCUCAGAUGUUAACCAGGAAAACUAGAAUAGACACUUUAGUAAGCUACUAGUGGGAGGAGGAGAUAGACUUUUCUAAUGACUACUAUCAACACAGUAAACCAUUCCAGAUGUACGCAAGUACCAGCCAAACUUGGUGUGUAGAAUAGGAGUCGACCCCGUUCACUGUGUAAAUAUCCAACGGGACGACUCGUUCCUUGCGAGUAGCGCAUGGCGUUUCAACACAGAGGUUCACAAUACAGACACUCCCGCGCUCUGUGCACAAGCCAGUCUUUUCCACCUUGUGUGUCUUUCUGUCCACUGCUCUGUAGAUACACAUGUACACGGGCAUACAAAAAAAAAAAAAAAGAUUAGUAGGGGUACACAAUUAAAUUCCCAUCGCAAAUGUAUCCAAAUGCCCUCACAGCGUUGCUGUUAUUCAGCAGUUGCAGAAUUAAGAAGUUUUUGGAUGUUUUGUGAGUAUACAUUGUGGUUCUUAUCUGGUGCCUUCCUCUUUGGAAACAUGGAUUUUAAAAACUAUUUAAAAAAAAAAGUCUCUGUAAUAAAUGGACAUAAUACCCUGAUAAUGUACAGGCUUAUAAUGACUAUGACUCAGUUAAAGGGCUGUGUUUAGCUCUAUUACACAGGAAAACAAACUCUGGUCCAAGCAAUCUCCAGUAGUUGGUAUACUGACAAAAACUACUGCAUUUGUUUUCAGUAUCAACCAAGGAUGAAGGCAGCACAUCAGAAGCCAUACCUUACCUUUUUACCACGGUCAGGAUUGUCUCCUUAGAUGGAAGUUAAUGACUACUAAUUGGGGCAAUUCAAAAAGAUCCAAACCACUUAUGGACCAUAUCUGAACAUAGUUUUUUGUAUAUCUCUUCGCCUGUCAUGAUGUUAGCCUUGUGGACGUUUACAUAACUGAUUGCCUCCGCCGUCAGCAGACUGUUGAGCGAUGAAAAAUUUGUCAUGCUAACACAGAUUUAAAGAAAGACUCCUGGCAAUCAUCAGGAUCCAGCGGUACCCCCGUAAGUUACCCGGCUGGCCCGUGUGUAUCAGUACGUGUUUUUUUUUGUGUAUCCUCAUUGCCUUGAUCGCUCAUCUUUAAUAGAGUCCAUAUGUUAGAAUGUGGAGAAAUAAGUAUAUACCAGUGCCUUCUAGAGUUGGACUGGGGAGGGGGUUUAGCGGAGGUGAUAGGAGGUCGGCAGGGAUGUGGGGGGGUGUAGUGUGGAGCAUAUAAAGUGACCAAGUCUCAGAGUGAAUUAAUACUGAUGGGGAAUGAUCUGGAAUAAAAGCAUUGGUGGGUGGGGGGACUUGGCCUGGGGCCCUGGCGGCGGCUGUAGUCACCGUAGAGUUUUAAAGCAGACGUGCCAUACGAAGCCUUAGAAACGAGUCGGACUCCGGCUCCAAAGCUCACCACCCUGCCCAGCUCCUGCCUCCUCUCCUGAAGCGUCGCCAUAGUAACUCACCCGUAGGUUUUCCGGAUGCUGAGUCCUGCCACAGGAGAGAGAGAGAAAGAGGGAGGGAGAGAGACCACCCCUCUCCAAUGUCGUCCUUGUCCCUCUCUCUCUCUCUCUCUCUCUCUCUCUCUCUCUCUCGCUCUCUCUCACACACCAAAUUCAGAGGGAAAUAAAACAUCUCUGCUGUCUGUUGUUGUUGCUGUAUCUGUAAAAUAAUGAGUUUUAUUUAUUCCUCUUUUGUAUGUGUUUAUUUUUUUCUGCCCGUAGCAUUAAAUCACUGUUCGCUUUUCUCGUUCAACCUUUUUUCAAUGUUGAUUUUAACACACACAGUUGGUUUUAUCCCGCUCGUGUCACACAUAAGCGACUGUCCUCAACUUGUGCACACUGUCAAUGUCAACUGCCCCUCCCUUUUUCCUAUCUGAGUACGUGAAUAUAUUUACUGUAUCUCCAUGGCAACUAUAACUUUCUGGAAGUUUAUGGUCACAUGUAACAUAACACAGAAUAAAAUCAAGUGACAUCC